UGUUGAGACGCUGGGAGAGGACUCUCACACACUCACACACUCAUCACACACUCCCCACGCACACACGCAACACACACUCUGAGGGAAGAGACGCACAAAGCUCCGCUGACAUUCUGCGCUCUUUUCUCUUCUCUCUCUGCUCCAGAGGAAGGAAAAAGUUUUCACGCAGAGAGGAGAGGACACGCAGAAUCACGCACAGCCUCUGCCUCGGUGCUGGUUCCGCUGCGUCCUGGAAGUUGAAGGUUCCGCCGGUCUGCGCGCUGCGCUCCUGCGGGAUUCAUUCUGUGGGAUUCCUAGUUUCUUUCUGCUGUGCGCGAAGCGACGGGCUGUUGUUGUGUUUGGUGAAAACUGAAGAGGAGGAAGAAGAGGAACUCAGGAAAGGAAGAGGACCCGGACCAGGGCGCGCCAAACACUCACCAGGCAUGGCGGCGGUGUUGCCGAGGACCCUGGGUGAGCUGCAGCUCUACAGGAUCCUGCAGCGCGCUAACCUCCUCUACUACUACGAGGCUUUCAUCCAGCAGGGCGGCGACGACGUGCAGCAGCUGUGCGAGGCCGGAGAGGAGGAGUUCCUAGAGAUUAUGGCUCUGGUAGGGAUGGCCAGCAAGCCGCUGCAUGUGCGGCGCCUGCAGAAGGCGCUGCGGGACUGGGUCACCAACCCGGCCAUCUUCAACCAGCCGCUCACCUCGCUGCCCGUCUGCAGCAUCCCCGUCUACAAGCUGCCCGAGGGUUCCCCCACACUGCUCAGCGCCCAGGACCGCUCCAACACCGCCAGCGUGAAGAUUCCCAAAGCCAUCGCCGCCGCCUCCGACCCGGGGAAGCUGGACGUGGCGAGAGAGAAGGUCUCCACCGGGUCGCCCCUGCAGGGGAGCAGCGAGGCGCGGUUCUGGUCGGGCCACAGCAAUGACAGCGAGCACAGCCUGUCUCCGUCGGAUCUGGGCUCGCCGUCGUCCCCCAGAGACGCCAUGGAGGCCCUGGGCGGCGGCGGCGUGCAGUCGGUCCUGGAGUGCGUGGACAGGAUGGCGCCUGGACUUCCUAAGACGGACCCGGCGGACGUCAAAGAGCAGCUGAAGAACAACAAGAAGCUGGCCAAGAUGAUCGGACACAUCUUUGAGAUGAGCGACGAAGACCCGCGGAGGGAGGAGGAAAUCCGGAAGUACAGCGCCAUCUACGGGCGCUUCGACUCCAAGCGGAGGGACGGAAAACACCUGACGCUGCACGAGCUGACGGUGAACGAGGCGGCGGCUCAGCUCUGCAUGAGGGACACGGCUCUGCUGACGCGCCGCGACGAGCUGUUCGGACUCGCCAGGCAGAUCUCCAGAGAGGUCACCUACAAAUACACCUACCGCCAAUCUCGGUGUGGAGACAGAGACGAACCGUCGCCUAAAAGGAUCAAAACCGAGGAGAACUUCUUUGACAUCCAGGAGGCGCUGCAGGCCAUCCACAUGAGGCAGGAGAUGCUGAGGGAGCAGCUGGCCUGCGCCAAGUCCAAAGGAGAGGAGACGGUCGGACGCAACCUGCAGAUGCAGCUGGAGCGCCUGCUGGCGAGGCAGAUGGAGAUCCUGCAGGACGCCGCCGUCCAGGAGCGGCUGCAGGCUCUGGACUGGAGGAUCCCGCCCGCUGCGCUCAAGUACCUCAACGACGCCCAGAACACCAACGGAGCCGCCGGUGCCGCCGACCUCAGCAGGGACAGCCAGGAUGAUCGACCAAUCAACCUGCGGGUGGUCAGUCAGAGCAUGCAGGAAGGAGACCUCCCAUUGGGCAAGCAGCUAGCCAAUGAGCUGAAGCGCCAUCACAACCACAACCACAACAACAACAACAACCACAACAGCAGCAGCACAGAUGAGGCUAAAACACCAGCAACAGAAAACGGGACGUCACAGCGAGCGCCCGGCAACGCCGAGAAGAAAAUCAUCAAAUCAGAGCCAGAAGACUCCACAUAGUGCCUCCCGCCUCUCCAUCAUCCCACCCUCUUCAUUCUACUCACUUGACAGUAUGCAGUUAUCACCCAUCUAUAGAUACUAAGCAAGCACAGCCACAGUAGAGCCUUAACAACCAACGUUGCCUCAUGAAUAGCAUUUAUUUUAAUUUGUCUUUGUUUUUAAAAGUAUUUGCCAAAGCACCUGAGAGCACAUCAGGAAGCCCCUCGGUGCUCUUUGUGUUUCCUUUGGAUGUUGAUGUGAGUUAAACUUGGUACCUCUGCUUUCUGUGGCAGGGCCUGAAUCUUAACUCCACUACUGCUGUGGAGGCUCAAGCAUUGGAUGGUGUUGAUGCAGUUAGAAAUUUCUGUUUUUAAACAAUCUUGUCGCAAACAUGAUCUGCUUGCUAAAUCCACACUGUUAUCGUGCUCGUUCAGGGCAAAGGUCACUGUCAAGAAUCAGUCUUGGGAGUGAACUGCAAACAUUUCACCAGGCAGUUACGAUUUAGUUUCUAGUGCAAAUGUCUUAGUGCAUGUGAAAUAAGACAAACUUAACUUGUUUUAAGUGAAUAACUCCUUAAUGUUGAUUUAAACAAAUACUGGAUCCACUGGCAAAAAUGUUUUGCUUUAAAUGAUAUAAUCUGCAACAGGAACUCGUAUGUUUUUAUUCAUAUUAAGGAAUUAUUCAUGUCAAUCAAUCUGAUUAACUAAAUGAAAUUGAACUAUUUAUUUUUUCUGUAACUUUAUAGCUGUGAAUAUUCUUGGUAAACUCACAAUAGUCACAUAAAGUAGUUAUACUUUUACUACUAAACUGCACACAGUAACUAUUUAUUCAUAUUUUCAAAUGUACUUUUAUUUAUUGAUGCUCUCAUUGAAUAAAGUGGAGAAAAUAAUUAACUUGGGAGAUUUUAAACCUCAUUCAUUUGAUUUUAUUGUGACAAAUGAUGCCUGGAACUAAGAUAUUUGCACUGGAAACUAGAACAAUAGUAAGUGAUAUUUAUUUUUUGUUUUUACGGUUUGAAUCAUGAACACAUCUGUAAUGGAUUUAUACCUUUAGUUUCCAUCCAGGUGUUUGCUGUAGAGGGUGGCGGGACAGAGGGUGAAGUAAGGAGGCCGAGUUAAGGUGCAGCCCUGCAGCAGGUUGUCAUUUUUUAACGUUUCCUUCGAACGAGGCGGGACCGACCGCUGCUGCCUUGUGUGUAUUAUGGCAGGUAAUUUAUGAAGAGGAUGUACAGGAGCUGUUGUGGAUCAGCAGCAGCAAACGUUUCACGUUGUAAUUUAGCAAAUUGCUGCUGUCAGAGGAGAAACUUUCAGGAAUAAACUCCUGCGUGUUUCUGAGGACACAGGAAAAGAAGCGAAGCUCGCAGGUUUGGGGGGUUUUGUUGCAGCGGCUGCAAGAUUUAAAAAUGACAAAAAAAAAAAAAAAAAGUUUAUUGCUGUUGAAGCAGCAGCUUGUAAAUAUAACAAAUAGCCUAAUCUGUCAGUUUUCUGUGUCCAGUGUAACUUUGCUGUAGAUUUUUGGUGUCGAUACAGUGUUCAUGUAUGUAGAGCUACAACAGAAAAAAAGAAAUCUUAAUUGUCACUAAGGAAAAAACGGUGUCUGGUAUAUAAGAACUGCUUUUAGCCUUAGCUCUAACAGUGUUUUCUGGCCAUGUGUGCAGAUUUCCGACGUGUUGUUGAUGUUUAGACGUAGAAACAUGACGGCUCAGUGUUCUCUGACCCCCUGCACAUAGUUUAGUCUUGUUCAGAGAUCAAUGCAAUAUUUAUGUAAGUAAUAAGUCUAUUUGCAUCCUAACGCGUUUUCGUCAUGUGCUCAGUAACUGUGUGUCUGUCACCAGGGUGGGACCUUCUGGGAAACGUUUUCGUCUGUCUGAUUUUCUGCAGGUUAGCGAUGGCAGAACGCUCGCAUGUCGUCUCUCUGAUCACUGUUUCCUUUAAAGCGAUAGAUUAGGCUUUCACCCAGUUAUGCACCUGUUUUUUAAACACUAAUAUAUUUUAUUUGUUAUACAGCACAUAAACAUUAAACUUUAUUUUUUGAACUCUA